AAUACACAGCCGGGCGCCAAACACACAUCACAGUCUGGAAGUAGGUGGGCCUGCUAGCUAACCGGUCCUCCACCUCGUCGGGCUGCUACAUCGCCCGUUGUAACCAUGUUUGUUGCUCGUAGUAUCGCAGCGGACCACAAAGAUCUAAUUCACGAUGUUUCGUAUGAUUUUCACGGCCGCAGAAUGGCGACCUGCUCCAGUGACCAAAGUGUGAAGGUUUGGGACAAAAGUGAGAAUGGAGAGUGGCUCUGCACAGCCAGCUGGAAGACGCACAGUGGAUCAGUAUGGAGAGUGACCUGGGCCCAUCCAGAAUUCGGUCAGGUUCUGGCCUCCUGCUCUUUUGACAGAACAGCAGCUGUUUGGGAGGAGAUUGUAGGGGAGUCCAAUGACAAACAGAGAGGACUGAGCCACUGGAUAAAGAGAACCACGCUUGUGGACAGCAGAACAUCGGUGACRGACGUGAAGUUUGCCCCUAAACACAUGGGUCUGAUGCUGGCCACCUGCUCCGCGGAUGGAGUGGUGCGGAUUUACGAGGCUCCAGACGUGAUGAACCUGAGCCAGUGGUCCCUGCAGCAUGAAAUCUCAUGCAAGCUCAGCUGCAGCUGCAUAUCUUGGAAUCCUUCCAGCUCUCGUGCCCACCCUCCAAUGUUGGCUGUGGGAAGUGAUGACAGCAACACGACCUACGGUGGGAAGGUUCAGAUUUAUGAAUAUAAUGAAAACACGCGGAAGUACAGUAAAGCAGAGACACUGAUGACGGUCACUGAUGCGGUCCAUGACAUUUCYUUUGCUCCGAACUUGGGAAGAUCUUUUCACGUUCUCGCCAUCGCAACAAAAGAUGUUAGAAUAUUUAAACUUGUUCCUUUGAGGAAAGAGAGCACCACUACAGGACCAACCAAGUUCGACGUGCAGAUCAUGGCUCAGUUUGAUCAUCAUAACUCCCAGGUGUGGCGUGUGAGCUGGAACGUCACCAGCACCCUGUUGGCUUCUUCUGGGGACGACGGCUGUGUGCGGCUGUGGAAAGCUAACUACAUGGACAACUGGAAGUGCGCAGGCAUCCUGAAGGGGGACGGAAGCCCACUGACAGGCCUAUCUGGUCAGCCCACAGCCAUGAGCACCGUGGUGGGCUCCUCCCUCCAGACCUCCCAGAAUGCCCUGAACGGGACGUCAGCAGGAAGGUAUUUCUUUCCACCUCUGGAUCCUCCCAGAGCGGGGACCAGGUAUGGUCACCUGCUCCCUCCUUCCUCCCUCAUAGAGCACUGUGAUGCUGAGCCUGUUGUUCAGCCUCAGCAGCCUCUCCCCCACAGAAGCCCCUCUAGAGUUCUGCUGUCCUUACCCGAAGCGGAAGAGCAAUGAUUCUUUUUCUGUAUGCGUGCAUUUUAUUUGGAAAAAGGUACACACAGUGUCUUGAGAAAGUGCUCCUGAACCUUGAAUUUUUUUUAACUUUUGGUCACAUUACAGACUUCAAGUAUUUUCCUAGAGUUUUCUAUGACAUAUCAAGAGUUACUGUGUUCGUAAUGCUCUCCUUACCCAGCUGAAAGAAUAAGAGGGAGAAUAUUUAAAUUGUGGAAAUGAGAUUAUUUUGAAUGACUUCCUUUUUGUUAAAAAAAAGCUGCCUAUGUGAGCAACUAAGCGGCAUGUGGAACAACUCCUGGCAGGUACGAAUCUAGAGUUUUUCAUCCUGGUUCGUGUAUCAACAGAUGUUCUUCACUGUAUGUGAAUUGAGUUCCUUUAAUAAAAUCAGUGAUUUUUUUUUCAGAGAAAAUCCAUCAGCUGCCUGUAGCUUUGUUAAAACCUUGGUUUUGAUAUGAACAGCUACUGUGCUGAAGACRAUGAAUCCUCAGUCUGAGGCUGUUUUAUGAACACCACAUGACUCAUGUUGUAUUUCUUGUGACCGUUUUUUUUUAAAUAAAAUAAAAUACUAAAAAAAAA